AGAUCGAAUGAUAGACCGAAUGUUCACCUUUCCGUCUGCCCAAUGAAGUUUACACUCCAAAGCUGUUUUGAUCUGGCUUUCCUGCUUCCACUGGAUGCAAAGGUAGAUGAUCAGGCAUGGAUAGAUGCAAAUAUCUCACCGUUCUUGGUAUACUGCAAUUCUCGCGUUGAUACAAUACGAACCGCCAGAUUCUUGCGAUCUCGCUUGCCACAGAGUCACCGAGAUCGGGUUGUGUGGUAUCAUUCUGGAAUGUCAGACACGUUCAAAGUGGACAUUGAAGCGAAGUAUAAAUUGGGAAAAAUAUGGGGGAUUUGCUGUACAGAUGCCUGCAGUAUGGGUCUUGACUUAUGCCAAGUGAAAGUCGUGGUUCAGUGGCGAGUUCCCAAGAGCCCCAAUACACUCGUUCAGCGCUUCGGUCGGGCAGGUCAUGACGGCUCCAUCCAAGCGAUUGCCAUCUUGAUUGCAGAGAAGGCUUAUUUCUCAAAGCCAAGA